AUGCGCUCGCCGUCUACCUCUGUCUCUCGCAACCUUUCGGCGCUCAUCCAGCCGCGCGCCUUCUCCUCGAUCGCUUCCGCAAGCUCGAUACGUCCAUGCACAGGCUUGAGACGUCGUCAUGACGCGCCGCAUGUAGCGCAGCUCAGAUUCUAUCGUCACAUGGCAGCCGACAGCGAGACCAACGACCCUUCCAACUCACCCCAGACGACCAAAGCACCGAAACCCGCCUCUGCCACCGUCGCAGCGUCCACAGCACCAGCAGCGCCUGGCACAGCUCAACCUCCAGCUUCGCCAAAGAAGAAGGAGGCCGACGGCGAUGAUCCGCUCAACCUCAACGCCGGCCGCGCCAAGUCGGUCAAGGAGCAGCGCAUGGUCGACUGGGCCAUCAUCAAGAAGCUCAUCCAGUACGUCUGGCCCAAGGGCGAUUUUGGCACAAAGCAGCGCGUCGUACUCGCGCUUGCUCUCCUCGUCGGCGGCAAGCUCCUCAACGUCCAGGUGCCCUUCUUCUUCAAGGCCAUCGUCGACCGCCUCAACGAUCUUGUCAAUGCUCCUCUCGACAUGACCAACCCCAACACCGUCUGGGUGGUCGCAGGCAGCGCUGUUCUCGGUUACGGCCUCGCACGCGUCGGCGCAGCCGCCUUCUCGGAGCUGCGCAAUGCCGUAUUUGCCAACGUCGCACAGAGGUCCAUCCGCCGUGUCGCAAAGUCGGUCUUCACCCACCUGCUCGCGCUCGACCUCGGCUGGCAUCUGACGCGCCAGACCGGCGGUCUCACGCGCGCCAUCGACCGCGGCACCAAGGGUAUCUCCUUCCUGCUCACCAGCAUCGUCUUCCACAUCGUGCCUACCGCACUCGAGAUCUCGAUGGUGUGCGGUAUCCUGUCGUACAAGUGCGGGCCGAGCUUUGCCGCGGUGACGGCGGUGACCAUGGCUGCCUACGCGUGGUUCACCAUCCGCACGACGAGCUGGCGCACGCGCUUCAGGAAGGAGGCCAAUGCGGCCGACAACCGCGCCGCCACCACGUCUGUCGACAGUCUGCUCAACUACGAGGCGGUCAAGUACUUCAACAACGAGAAGCACGAGAUCGCAAAGUACGACGCCGCGCUCGCCGACUACGAAAAGUCGUCCAUCAAGGUGGCCACGUCGCUGGCCGCGCUCAAUUCGGGCCAGAACGCCAUCUUCAGCACGAGCUUGACCGUCAUGAUGCUGCUCGCUGCGCAGGGCGUCACGAAUGGCACCAUGACCGUGGGUGACUUGGUCAUGGUCAACCAGCUCGUCUUCCAGCUCUCGCUCCCACUCAACUUCUUGGGCACUGUGUACCGCGAGCUCAGGCAGAGUCUCAUCGACAUGGAGACCAUGUUCAACCUCGAAAAUGUCAAUGUGGCCGUCAAGGAGCAGGCGGAUGCGCCGCCACUCCAGGUUAAGGGCGGCGAGAUCAGGUUCGAGAACGUCACGUUCGGAUACCAUCCGGACCGACCGAUCUUCAGCAACAUCUCGUUCACCGUUCCUGCGGGCCUCAAGACUGCGUUUGUGGGUCCAUCGGGAUGCGGAAAGAGCACGAUCUUUAGGUUGCUGUUCAGGUUCUACGAGCCGCAGUCGGGCAAGAUCUACAUUGACGGGCAGGACAUCACCAAGGUGUCGCUCGAGUCGCUGCGCAGGCACAUUGGCGUGGUGCCGCAGGAUACGCCGCUGUUCAACGACGAUAUCCGCCACAACAUCCGAUAUGGCCGACUGGACGCGAGCGACGAGGACGUUGAGCGUGCAGCCAAGGCGGCCAAGGUGGAUCAGAUCGUCAAGAAUCUACCCGAGGGGUAUGCGACCAAGGUGGGCGAGCGUGGGCUCAUGAUCUCGGGUGGAGAAAAGCAGAGGCUUGCAGUCGCAAGGCUACUACUCAAGAACCCGAGCAUCCUCUUCUUCGACGAGGCAACUUCGGCGCUCGACUCGUAUACCGAGACCGAGCUCAUGCGCAAUAUCAAUGCUACGCUGCUGGCGCAGAAGCGCACGGCCAUCUUUGUCGCACACAGGCUGCGCACGAUUUCCGACUCGGACUACAUUGUGGUGCUCCAGGGUGGCGGCGUGGCCGAAGUAGGCACGCACGAUCAGCUCAUGCAAACCCAGGGCCUCUACUGGGAUCUGUGGCAGGCCCAGUCGACCAUCGGCGUCGGACAUGGUGCAGGUGCCAACGAGCACCUUCAGGACCUCGAACGUCAAAACCAAUCCUGA